UAAUAGUAUUGGUGUAAAGAAUUUAUCAAAUAAUGACUUCAUUGACAAUAAAAUAGAUUUGAUUUAAUUAUAGGCAGUAUUGAAGCGAAGAGACGGCAGAGGCAUAAGAGGCGCCGCAUAAUAAUGUUGGUCCUCGUUGUGGCCAUUUUCGCCAUUUGCUGUUACAAUCCAUUCAUCUAUUGCUGGCUGAAUAAGACAUUCCGAAAGGGGGCCAAACGGGUGAUCACAACCCUUAUGUGCAAUUGUGUGGCACUCGAGGCCUCAAACAGCGAAAACAUAUUGAGAGACAAUAACGCGGAGAACACCCGACAGACCGUUGAAUUGAAUAUCAUUAACAAUUCACCCGAAAAUGAUAACAAUAAUGUUAUUUCACUUUAGAUUUAUAUGUUUUUUAUUUUUCUUGUUCAACAUUACGACUAAAAAGCCAUUUAUUUGCGUUUAGAUGUGAC